CGCCUGCAGAUGCAACUUUACAAUCGGGCGGUAUGAUGUGAAAACAUUCCGAUAACAAAAGCUGAAUGCAGAUUUCCAAGGCGAAACGUAUUAGCGGCAUCGUUUUAUGAUACUUAUACAACCAAAUGUACACCACCACACUGUGAAUCGAUGUCUCUGGGAUUCCGUUUCUGCCGAAUGCAGCGGCGGAUUGAGUCGACCUUGGUCCCCGCAAUCCCCACUGCCCACUCUUGCGUCGUUCGCUGGCUGUCGCUGUUCGAUCGCUUGCGCUGUUUUGCUAAGGCCGAGCGCGUUCAGUUGUGGAGCGCAGGUGUGAUCCGUUCUCCGUGUGCGCGCUAUGGCAUUCCGUCGGUUAUGACGGAUGUCAGACCAAUUUCUCGCCGCAUUUGCAUCAACGCAACACGCCUGUAACCCCUUCGUGCAGUGGGCAAAUCUCGACGAACAUUAACGACGUGCGUGGAAAGUGUGUGGCCGCGCUGUCGAGUUUUCUCCGAACAGACGAAUAACGCAAACGGGCGUAGCGUUCGCGAUGGCGCGCCCUGGGAACGCCGUUGCUUCGAGGCCGCUGCUGCUGGUCGUCGGCGUCUUGUGCUUGUUCUCAGAGGUCCUCACACAACAGAAUAACACCGGUCAUUGCAUCUGGUACGGCCAGUGUAAUAAAGGAGCUGACGGCAAAACCCAAAAUUGUGUUUACAACGGCACCGCCAAGACACUAGACGCUGCUGGAGUAAAACUCUUAGAAAAAUGGUGUCCACAUCUCGCCGCAGAGAGCCACGACGUAUGCUGCGAUACAGCGCAGCUCGUCACCAUGGACCAGAGCAUCAAUAUGGCGGCGAGUUUCCUCAAUCGCUGCCCAUCCUGUAUCACCAACCUGGUAUCUCACUUUUGCCACAUUACCUGUGGCCGCAACCAGUCGGAGUUUCUUGACGUGGUCUCCACUGAGAAGAACGAUAAGGGUCAGGAAUACAUCACAGAGAUGGACUUCUACGUUCAUAAUGAUUACGUGGAGGGCACGUACAAGUCAUGUAAACAGGUGAGCGUGCCCAGUACAGGACAAUUGGCUAUGGACUUGAUGUGCGGCACUUGGGGCGCAAUCAAGUGCACCGCCAUGCGAUGGAUGGAUUUCUUGGGCUCGACGAAGGGUAAUCCAUUCGUGCCUUUCCAAAUCAACUACAUCAAUUCAUCGCAAUCAGAGGGACAAUACGAACCGUUGAAUCCACGAGUAGUACCCUGCAAUCAAGGAAUCAAUGAAAAUACAUUGCCAUGCACAUGUGUGGAUUGUGAAGAGUCCUGCCCAGCGCCGCCACCACGCCCGGCACCGAAUGGUCCAUUCAUAAUCUUUGGAUCUGAUGGCUACGCUGUUAUCAUGUCCAUCGUGUUUGUUUUGGGCUCGAUUUUAUUCCUCUUCGUCACGUUCGUUUGCAAUCGUUGCACAUCAGCUGCUUCAGAUUAUUCAGAUUAUUAUUUGACCAAUACGUAUGAUGUUGAACUUUACGAUGAAGAUAUCGGAAACGCACAAGUGGCGGGAUUAAUCCGUGAUCGCAGUAGACGACUGGACCAUCAUGCAUCAUCUCGUUCCGCACACGGCGACAGUGAGGAUAGCCCAUUACAACAAUCGAAAAGAUCUAGUGUCACUUCAGAGGUAGAACACGAGAUGGAUAACCGCUCGAUCGACAAAGCGGUUGGCAUUGAAUAUGAGUCAUCUUUCAUUGAAAAGCUUGGUGCUACGACGGAUUCCUGCCUGCAGAAGUUCUUCGAGGCUUGGGGCACGUACUGUGCCGCCAGACCGUGGUUUGUGCUUUUCAUCGGAUGCUGUCUUUUCGUUGGCUUAGGCCACGGUGUGAAGUAUCUGAAGGUGACCACGGAUCCUGUGGAGUUGUGGGCAUCCCCUACGUCUCGAAGUAGAGUCGAAAAGGAAUUUUUUGAUGCACACUUUGAACCUUUCUACCGGAACGAACAAUUGAUCAUUAAAUCAAACAAACCCCCGAUCUUCCACAACAAUUCCGAUGGCGGUAUACUGUUUGGUCCUGCAUUCGAUGAGGAGUUCCUAAAGGAAAUCUUCAGUCUGCAAGAAAGGAUCAAACAGUUGGGAGCGGGCACUGACCAUUCUCUGGAAAAGAUCUGUUAUGCUCCGUUGCGUAAUCCCGGGGACAAGUUGGAGGUAGAACAAUGCGCCGUGAUGAGCGUAUGGGGCUAUUUCCAAGAUGAUAUGGAUACGUUUGAAGAAACUAGUGAAAAUGGCGGCUUUAUCGAGAAUUACUUAGAUCAUAUAAUGAUUUGCACGCAAAAUCCAUUCAAUCCUAACUGUUUGGGUAGCUACGGUGGACCAGUGGUGCCGGCGAUUGCAUUUGGUGGCUUCUUGGGCCAGAAUGAAUUUCCAACAUCGAGCUCCCACUACUCCAACGCCACCGCUAUUAUCCUGACUUUCGUAGUGUCCAACCAACACAAUAAGACCAAACUUGCGCCGGCCAUGGAAUGGGAAAAGGAACUGGUUGCUUUCAUGCUUAACUACACUGCUAAUGAGAAGCCAGAAUACAUGGACAUUGCUUUCACUACCGAGCGCUCAAUUGAAGACGAGUUAGAUCGUGAGAGUCAGUCUGAUGUUGCUACGAUUUUAAUCUCCUACGUGAUCAUGUUUGCCUACAUUGCUGUUUCUUUGGGACACUUGGGUAAUAAAUUCAGCCGCUUGUUAAUUGACAGUAAAAUUACACUCGGUUUGGGCGGCGUCGUCAUCGUGCUUGCUUCUGUUGUGAGCUCGGUGGGUCUCUUUGGUUUUAUUGGAGUCCCAGCUACACUGAUCAUCAUUGAAGUUAUUCCAUUCUUGGUGCUGGCUGUCGGUGUGGAUAAUAUCUUCAUUUUGGUGCAGACCCACCAACGAGAACGCCGUAUGGAGAAUGAGUCAAUAGCCGAACACAUUGGUAGAGUGUUGGGCCAAGUUGGUCCCUCAAUGCUGCUGACGAGUGUGUCAGAAAGUUGCUGCUUCUUUUUGGGAAGUCUCAGUGACAUGCCAGCUGUGCGCGCGUUUGCUUUGUAUGCUGGUAUGGCAUUGCUCAUCGAUUUCCUACUGCAGAUUACCUGUUUCGUUAGUUUACUGGCGUGGGAUACUGCUAGACAGGAAGGUAAUCGAUUGGACAUUUGCUGUUGGAUCACUGGAAAGAAGGAUUCGGAUACCAGGCAGCACAAUGAUGGUUUGCUGUAUAGUUUCUUUAAGGAAAUCUAUGUGCCCUUGCUGAUGAAUCGCUACGUCAGAGCAUUUGUGAUGGUAGUAUUUUUCGGAUGGCUGUGUUCGUCAAUUGCAGUUGUGCCUCACAUUGAAAUUGGUCUGGAUCAAGAGCUAUCCAUGCCCGAAGACAGUUUUGUGUUAAAAUACUUCAAGUUCUUGAAGGAUUACCUAAGCAUUGGGCCGCCGAUGUAUUUUGUCGUCAAGGGUGGAUUAAACUAUAGCACUCCCGCACAUCAGAAUAUGAUAUGUGGUGGUCUUGCCUGUGAUUCAGAUUCUCUCUUCGGUCAAAUUUACGGCGCAUCUAAACUACCUCGAGAGACUUAUGUGGCACAGAGUAGUAGCAGUUGGUUGGAUGAUUACUUCGAUUGGUCGAACAUUGAUCGCUGUUGUAGAUACAACAAAACAACAGGCGGUUUUUGUCAGCAUAGCGACGACAGUUGCGAUUUUUGCGCUAUUGAUACUAAGACAAAAUAUAAGCGUCCGACAUCCAGCGCUUUCCGCCACUACAUUUCCUUCUUUCUUGAUGACAACCCGGACGAAGAUUGUGCAAAGGGAGGUCAUGGUGCAUAUAAGCAAGCUGUGAACCUCAUCGGUCGACCGCACGUAGUCGACGCCGAUGUAGGUGCUUCUUAUUUCAUGACCUAUCAUACCCUCUUGAAGACCUCGGAGGAUUACUAUGAAAGCAUGCGUGCCGCACGCGUGAUUAGCGCGAAUAUCACAAACACGCUGAACGCAAAGCUGCGUAACAUGGGCGAACGGAACGCUAGCGUGGAGGUGUUCCCGUACAGCGUGUUCUACGUUUUCUACGAGCAAUACCUCACCAUGUGGCCCGAUACGUUACAGAGUAUGGGCAUCAGUCUGACAGCCAUCUUUGUCGUUACGUUCCUUCUCAUGGGACUUGAUAUUUUCUCGUCUAUCGUUGUCGUCAUUACGAUCGCCAUGAUUGUCGUCAAUCUGGGAGGUCUCAUGUAUUGGUGGCAUAUCACCUUGAAUGCGGUAUCUUUGGUGAACCUAGUCAUGGCGGUGGGCAUCAGCGUCGAAUUUUGCAGCCAUCUUGUGCACAGUUUCGCGAUGUCUAUAGAGACCACGCGCACUAUGCGCGCUGCAGAUUGUCUCACACGAAUGGGCUCAUCGGUCUUCUCAGGCAUCACGCUGACGAAAUUCGGCGGCAUUGUCGUGUUGGGCUUUGCGAAGAGUCAAAUUUUCCAAGUGUUUUACUUCAGAAUGUAUUUAGGUAUUGUAUUGUUUGGAGCUGCGCACGGCUUAAUUUUCCUGCCCGUUCUUCUAAGUUACAUAGGCGUGAUGUCGCAUCGACAUCGAUAUCGACGGACGCGACACCGCCAGCAGACUCGCCACGGCCUGGAGGAGUCUGACUCACCUCUUCUGUCGCCCUCGACCUCCACCAGCGCCCACUACGACAGUAUAGUGUCCGUCAACUCGUAAUCACCUCGUGCGGCCAACACCUCUUCAACUAAAAUCGUCUCCUCAUUAGUUUUAUUUAAGGCAAACAAACAGAAACGUCCAAGUAACUUACGAAUUGUGAUAAAUAACAGCUGCAUUGUCGUGCAUUUUGGGCGUGCGUACAGGAUUAUUCGUAAAGUGCGGUGGGACAUUGUAAUAAUUGCGCACUUGUUUGUAAUAAUUCUGCGGUAGCAACUGCUGCUUGUAUAUAUCAAACAUUUUAAAAUGCACGCAACGUUAAAUGGAUAGGCUUACGCAAAGUUCGAUAGGAAAUGUGGAGUCAGUUUGCGGAUUUAUUAUUUGUCGUCAAAUUCAACAGUAUAUUUAUUUCUAGUACAUCGUAAUAUGUGUUUCUAACAUUAUUUAUUCAGUGGAUCGUUGUACUCGUUCGUUCAAGCUGAUGUGAGUCUUAAUUAACAUUUGUAAUUCAGAAUUUUGUUAAGUAUUAUUGAGUUAAUCACACAGCACAAUGAAUGCAAAAAAGACUUUGUGUUUUGAUAUAGGUUCCGAUGCAAUGUUGCAAUUGUUAGUUUAGAUUUUAGACUGAUUGGAUGUAUUAAGCUUCCUCGGAAUAUCAUCAAAAGGGGAAAGGGAGGUUUGUUAAUCAAGUAAGUCAUUGUGAAUUAAAGAUGAAGAUGUUUACGCAUUAUAAAUAGGUAUAUUGAAUAAUCACACAGGGUGUCUUAUUAGAAGAUUAUUUUAAAGAGAAUUUAAAACUAAUUAAGGUAAAUCUAAUAUAAUUUCACGCCGAUUUUCUACGAAAUUUCGAACGUAAGAGAGGAAUAAUGAUCUAUUUUACACAAAUAAUUUCAGAAAAAUGAAAAUGGUCAAAUAUUUGAAUUAAGUAUUGUUUUAUAACAUUCCAUAGAGUUGUUGAUUUUAAUAAAUAGUCUCUAAACUGGCGAAGUUUAGCUGCCUAUUUUGUACACUGAAAGGUAAAAAGUUGCAUAAUCGAUAAGUCACUAUUUGAUUAAGAAUAUUGGAAAACAAACUGAACUAAAUCUUAAGUAGUGCUCAUUGUAUCAUGAAAGAAAUAUCUGUAUUGUAUGUAAAUGCAAAAUAAAUGCUUUUAUAUAAA